AUGGAGCUGGGACUCGGGCGGAUAACACAAGUGCUGCGGCAGCUUCACAGCCCGCAUGAAAGGAUGCGCGUGCUGCACGUGGCCGGUACGAACGGUAAGGGCUCGGUCUGUGCGUACCUCGCGGCAGUGCUGCGCGCGGGCGGAGAGCGAGUGGGAAGGUUCACGAGCCCGCACCUGGUGCACCCGCGGGAUGCGAUCACGGUGGAUGGGGAGGUGAUCGGGGCGGCGACGUACGCGGCCCUGAAGGCGGAGGUGGUCGCGGCGGGGACAUGCACGGAGUUUGAGGCGCAAACGGCGGUGGCGUUGACGCACUUUGCGCGGUUAGAGUGCACGUGGUGUGUGGUGGAGGUGGGCGUGGGCGGGCGGCUGGACGCAACGAACGUUGUGCCGGGAGGCCGCAAGCUGUGCGCCAUCACCAAGGUAGGACUAGACCACCAGGCGCUGCUCGGCGGGACGCUGGCGGUGGUUGCGCGCGAGAAGGCGGGGAUUGUGGUGCCAGGCGUGCGGUUUGUGGCGGUGGACGGAACGAACGCGCCGAGUGUGCUUGCGGAGGUGCGUGCUGCGGCAGCGAAGGUGGGGGCGGAGGUGCACGAGACGGGAGGGGCGCCUGUGUGUACGGUUUCAUGGGGCGCAGUGGCGGCGAGCGCGCUGCCGCUGGCGGGUGCGUACCAAGUACAGAACGCAGGCGUGGCGCUAGCGCUGCUAGACCAUCUGCAGCAACUGGGGGAGAUCUCGGUGAGUCACGCGGCACUGGAGCGCGGGCUCAAAGCAGUGGAGUGGCCGGGACGGCUGCAGCAGGUGGAGUACGACCUGGGCGGCGUCCACGUCCCACUGCUCUUUGACGGGGCGCACAACCCCUGUGCUGCAGAGGAGCUGGCUCGCUUUCUCAAUGAGAGGUACCGCGGGCCCGGAGGCUCUCCGCUCAUUUACGUACUGGCGGUGACAUGUGGCAAAGAGAUCGAUGCGCUUCUGGCGCCGCUGUUAAAGCCGCACGACCGAGUGUUCGCCACAUCGUUCGGAGCCGUGGAGAGCAUGCCGUGGGUAGCGGCUAUGGCCUCCGAGGACGUUGCGGCAGCGGCUCGUCGCUACACGGCGCACGUGUCUGCGGUAGCGGACCCGCUGGACGCCCUGCGGGCGGCAGCUGCCGCCCGGGGCGACGCAAACCUUGUCGUUUGCGGCUCGCUUUAUCUUGUGGGCGAGCUGCUGCGCCGCGAGCACUAG